GAGAGUGAUUAGGUCAGCGCUGGGGGAGGUGACCUUGUUGGGUUUCUGGCACCCGAGAACAGUAGUGCACUGUUUCUGCUGCCCGCGUUGGUGUAAUUGGCCCAGACGCUCCACCAGCGCGAGGCCGCCCAGGAGCUCCUCGCUGGCCGCCCCCGCGGCCCGUAGGUCGGUAAGAGGCGGGAAAGCAGCGCGCCUGCGCCGUGGGAACCGGGGCCCCAGGCGAAAAGCGGGGAGCGGAGGGGGGCCGUUGGAGCCGAGUAGCGUACAGAGCGGCGUGUGACGCGGGGACGCCGCGCGCUCCCAACGUCGCCCCGGUUUGACGCACACGGCACCAAACUGCUAAGAUGGCGGCGGCGGCCGAGGAGGCGGAGUUGGUGCUACACAAGGAGCCCGGGCCCCGGGUUCGGGGAGGCGGCGGCCGCGGGGGGCGGCGGAACCUGAGGUCUGAUUCCCUGGCCUUUGUGUCCCUGGGAGCUUAAUCUCUGCCAGAGGAAAGCAGGUGUGCUCCACUUCUCCCGUGAACCUGAAGAUGAGUUGUCCCAGACCCUUCUCAGUGAUUGGAAACUUAGGUGGUGGAACUAACGGUUUCUUGUUACGAGACUUCCACAGACGACUCUCGUGUUGGGAUCCAUCCAUGGUUUAGCAACAUUAGUGGAAAACUUUUCUUGAACUGUUUAAGUAACAUUGAUACAAAUUUAGUUGUUACAGAACUUUCAUGUCUAGAGUUAAGAUUUUGUGUGGUCCUUGAGAAGUGCUCAACGAGAGAAACACAGUUGAGGUCCUUGAUGGUCCUGUUUCUUAUACAAGUUAAUAAUAUCGUCGGCAGAAAUAACCAAAACACCAUCAUCUAUUCUGGCCAGUCCUAACUAAUGCCAGGCUUGUUGCAUCCGGAUGAUAGAUUAGAUUUGCCUUAAUAGUAUAUUGCCUCUCUGCAGUAGUUUAGUUACAUAGUUUUGGUCCCACAAGAAAAAGAGAAUUUCAAAAAAUAGACAACUCAAAUUUCUCAAAGAAAGGAAACGUGCUGUUUGCCUUCAUUCAUAUAUGUUUGAUUUAAUUUCGAAUGAGAGUGUUCUUGCAGCGAGAUGUUAAUAAGACAAAAUCUAGACUAAAUGUGUUAAAUGGGCUUACCAACAAUAUGGAUGAUUUGAAGAUAAACACCGAUGUUACUGGUGCUAAAGAAGAACUCCUAGAUGACAGCAGUUUUAUAUCAGACAAAGAGAGUGGAGUUCAUAAACCAAAAGAUUGUCAAGCAUCAUUUCAGAAAAACAAUACAUUCACUUUGCCUGAAGAACUGUCAAAGGACAAAUCUGAAAAAGCCUUAAGUGGAGGCCAGUCUACUCUGUUUAUACAUGCUGGUGCUCCUACUGUUUCUAGUGAAAACUUUAUCUUGCCUAAGGGAGCUGCUGUUAAUGGACCAGUUUCACACUCCUCCUUAACUAAGACUUCCAGUAUGAAUAAAGGCAGUGUUUCAUUAACCACUGGACAGCCUGUGGAUCAGCCCACAACAGAAUCUUGUUCAGGUUUGAAGGUGGCAGCCGAUCUUCAGCUGUCUACACCACAGAAAGCAAGUCAACAUCAAGUUUUAUUUUUAUUAUCAGAUGUAGCACAUGCUAAGAAUCCAACCCAUUCCAUUAAAAAACUACCUACCUCUGCUUCAAUUGGUUGUGACAUUCAGAAUUCAGUAGGGAGUGGUAUAAAGUCAGAUAGCACUUUAAUAAAUCAAGUAGAGGUGGGUGAGGAUAGUGAAGAUUUAUUGGUAAAAAAUGAUUGUGUCAGUACAUUAACAGGAAUUUCCUCAGGUACAGAUGAAUUUAGGUCAGACAAUGAUACAAACUGGGAUCCCCAAAAAGAGUUCAUUCAGUUUCUUAUAACUAAUGAUGACACAGUAGAUAAAGCUCCAGUUCACUCUAAAGUAGGUCUGGAAAAAAAGAGAAAGCGAAAAAUGGAUGUAAGCAAGAUAACUCGUUAUACCGAAGAUUGCUUUAGUGAUUCUAACUGUGUACCCAAUAAGUCAAAAAUGCUAGAAGUAGACUUUAUGGAACAGAAUGAAGACGUGCAAGCAAUAGACUCACGGACAUAUGCAUUAUCACAAGUGAAACCUGAAUCAGCUGAUGAAGACUUGGAAUCUGUGGAUACUUUUCAACAUCUAAUUUUUAAUUCAGAUAAGUGUGGAGAAGACAGUUCACCUGUUCAUACUAGCACUUUUCUUUCAAAUACCUUAAAAAAGAAAUGUGAAGAAAGUGAUUCUGAGUCACCUGUUCCUUUCAGCACCGAAGAGCCAUCAUUCUACCCCUGUACAAAGUGCAAUGUGAAUUUUCGGGAGAAAAAGCAUCUCCACAGGCAUAUGAUGUAUCAUUUAGAUGGGAAUAGCCACUUUCGUCAUCUUAAUGUCCCAAGGCCAUAUGCUUGUAGAGAAUGUGGACGGACAUUUCGAGAUCGUAACUCACUGCUAAAGCAUAUGAUUAUUCACCAAGAAAGAAGACAGAAAUUGAUGGAGGAAAUACGUGAAUUGAAAGAACUUCAGGAUGAAGGAAGAAGUGCACGAUUACAAUGCCCUCAGUGUGUGUUUGGUACCAAUUGCCCUAAAACAUUUGUGCAGCAUGCUAAAACCCAUGAAAAAGAUAAAAGGUACUACUGCUGUGAAGAGUGUAACUUUAUGGCAGUGACAGAAAAUGAGCUGGAAUGCCAUCGAGGAAUUGCCCAUGGAGCAGUGGUAAAAUGCCCUAUUGUCAGUUCUGAUGUAGUCCAGAGAAAAACACACAAAAAAACAUUCAUGAAAGACCCCAUUAUAGGAUCAUCCAAAAAAUCGGCUACCUAUAUAUGUAAGAUGUGUCCUUUUACUACUUCAGUCAGGAGUAUUUUUAAAAAACACAUGGAGUACUUGCAUUCAUCAUCAUGCAUUGAUUCAUUUGGCAGUCCUCUUGGGCUUGAUAAAAGAAAAAGUGACAUAAUUGAAGAACCUAUAGACACUGAUAGUCCUAAACCAUUAACUAAACAACAGUCAACAACAUUUCCAAAGAAUUCUGCUUUAAAACAAGAUGUAAAGCGAACAUUUGGAUCAUCCUCACAAUCAAGUAAUUUUUCAAAAUUCCAUAAACGGCCACACAGAAUACAAAAGGCUCGGAAAAGCAUCGCCCAGUCAGGUGUAAAUGUGUGCAAUCAAAACAGUUCUCCUCACAAGACUGUUAUGAUUAAAAGCAGCAUUGACCAAAAACCUAAGUAUUUCCAUCAAACAGCAAAAGAAAAAUCUAAUACCAAGGCAAAUAGCAACUAUUUAUAUAGACAUAAAUAUGAAAACUACAGAAUGAUCAAAAAAUCAGGUGAAUCAUAUCCUCUGCAUUUCAAAAAAGAGGAAGCUAGUUCAUUAAAUUCUUUACAUUUGUUUUCAUCAAGUAAUUCUCACAACAAUAGUUUUAUUUCAGACCCUCAUAACUCUGACACCAAAAGACCAGAAAGCUUCAAAGACCACAGGCGUGUAGCUGUAAAGAGAGUAGUUAAGGAAUCUAAGAAGGAAAGUUCCGUUGGAGGAGAAGACUUGGAUAGCUAUCCAGAUUUCUUGCAUAAGAUGACCGUUGUUGUUUUGCAAAAACUUAAUUCUACCGAAAAGAAAGAUAGCUAUGAAACAGAAGAUGAAAGUUCCUGGGACAAUGUUGAGCUAGGUGACUACACUACACAGACUAUAGAAGAUGAAACUUAUCAUGAUAUUAAUCAAGAACAUGUAAACUUAUUCCCUCUAUUUAAAAGCAAGGUGGAAGGUCAACAGUCUGAAGAAAAUGCUACACUUAGUUAUGAUCAGAAUGAUGGCUUUUAUUUUGAAUAUUAUGAAGAUGGUGGAACUAAUAACUUUUUGCAUGAGAUUCAUGAUUCUCAGCAUUUAGAAAAUGCAGAAACUGCAUUGUCAAAGCAUAGUUCUGUUUUUCACUGGACUGAUUUGUCUCUCGAGAAGAAAUCGUGUCCUUACUGCCCAGCAACAUUUGAAACAGGUGUUGGGUUAUCAAAUCAUGUCAGGGGACAUCUUCACAGAGCAGGAUUAAGCUAUGAAGCCCGCCAUGUUGUAUCACCAGAACAAAUAGCCACAAGUGACAAAAUGCAACAUUUCAAAAGAACUGGCACAGGAACACCUGUUAAGCGAGUUAGAAAAGCUAUAGAGAAGUCUGAAACCACUUCUGAACACACUUGUCAGCUCUGUGGUGGUUGGUUUGAUACUAAAAUUGGAUUAUCAAAUCAUGUUAGAGGCCACCUGAAAAGACUUGGAAAGACCAAGUGGGAUGCUCACAAAUCUCCAAUCUGUGUUCUGAAUGAGAUGAUGCAAAAUGAAGAAAAAUAUGAAAAAAUCUUAAAGGCAUUGAACAGUCGUCGUAUUAUUCCUCGACCAUUUGUAGCUCAGAAACUUGCAUCAAGUGAUGACUUUCUAUCUCAAAAUGUUAUACCUCUUGAAGCAUACCGUAAUGGCCUAAAGACUGAAGCUUUAUCAGUGUCUGCGUCAGAGGAAGAAGGGCUGAGUUUCUUAAAUGAAUAUGAUGAAACUAAACCAGAACUGCCCAGUGGAAAAAAGAAUCAGUCUCUUACACUGAUAGAACUGCUUAAAAAUAAAAGGAUGGGAGAAGAAAAGAAUUCUUCUGUUUCUCCUCAAAAGAUCCAUAAUCAAACUGCAAGAAAGAGGUUUGUUCAGAAAUGUGUUCUUCCACUAAAUGAAGAUAGUCCAUUGAUGUAUCAACCACAAAAAAUGGACUUCACUAUGCACUCAGGUAUGCCUGUGAAGCUUAGAACAUGUGUGCAUUGCAAUACGACGUUUACAAGUGCUGUUAGCCUGUCCAACCACUUACGCGCUUAUGCACGAAAGAAGAGUGCUGGACUUUUGACUGGUACAGCCUUAGAUUGUAAGCAAAAGAAAUCAAGGUCAAGAUCCGGAAGCAAGAAGAAACUUUUAUCAUUACCUCAUGGUGCUGACGAGGUUUACAUUCUCCGAUGCAGGUUUUGUGGCCUGGUCUUUCGUGGACCAUUGUCUGUUCAGGAAGACUGGAUUAAGCACUUACAACGACACAUUGUAAACGCUAAUCUUCCACGGACUGGAGCUGGCAUGGUGGAAGUCACAUCACUACUCAAAAAGCCUGCCUCCAUUACAGAAACUUCAUUUUCUCUACUAAUGGCAGAAGCAGCUUCAUAGAACAAGAAAACCUUUUAAAUAGCAAAUUUGAAUUGGAUGUAAAUUUGAAAUUCUUUGUCUUGUUUUUUCAAAGCCACAUUAAAUUAUCCAUUUAUAAAUACUAAAGCAGGAAAAUGGGGAAAAGUGAAUGAGAGUGACAUCAGAGCAAAUUGAGUACUUCAAACAGUAAGUAGUCUCUAUAUUUUAUAUAGGAUGGAAGAAGUGUUUCUAAGGUUUACUACAUUUAAGUCAGUUAACUGUGUUCACUCAAUGAAAGACCAGUACAUGUAAGCAGUUAUUAAUAAACUGUUGCACAUGGAUACUUAAAGACAGACUAAUUGGAAAAUUAUGUUUUCUGCAGUGUUACCAGAAUCAAGGUUCUGUUUAUUCCCCACAAGACUUGCAUUGAAAAAUAAGAUAUUAUAUUUUGUUUGUAUAUAUUUUCUGUUUUGUAUAAUACCAGGAACUGCUAACUAAAUUUACUCAACUUAGGGCAUUAAAUAUCAUGUACUUCAUAGUUUGAGACUGUUCACUCAAAUAGGGCAGAGUACUAUUCUAUCUAGACGUGUAAGUGUUUUUUUUAAAUCACAUGGAACGGUUUUUUUUUUUAUACUAAAAAGUGGAGGGAGAUUUGUUUAAACAAGUAUUUCUAAAAGAAAUAUGUACAUAGUCCUGGAAAUUAUUUGUGGUAAGGAAAUAUUCUUUACUCCAGUUGCAUUUCUCAGACAAUAAAGUGGUGCAUCCAUGCUACCUCCUACUUUGUCAACAAAGAUGCUAUUUACCCUUUACAUUUUUGUAUCAUAAUAGAUUUUAAAAAAAUCUAAUAUUCUUUAUUGCAAGACAUCCUUUUGUUAACAGAUUUGUUUCUUUUUAAUGUUUUACCUAAAAUUUGACAUGCUUACAGGACAGGUUUGCCUCUUUAUUUAACAUUGUAGAAAUGUAAUUAAUAAACAAUGCUCACUACACGGUUUAGAAUAGGCUUUCUCAUUUAUAGUCUCUUCCAAAUUUGAUCAGUUAACAAAACUUAAUAUACCAAUUGAAAUAUUUCUACAUAUGAUGAGAAUGUUUACAAUUUAAAUUUUAGAACUUGUUUUGGAUGUGAUUAUAUGUACGAAAAUCGUGUAACACUAUGCUCAUGCUAAGAACCGACAUAAUGGAAUUACUGAAAUAAAUGUGCUGUGAGGAAUGGAAAAUAUGGUGCAGAUGUCUUGGUCAUGAUAAAUUGUGAUUCUCCUUUUAAAUUCCUUCCAAAAACAGAUUAGUUCUUUUAAUCUGAAAUCAGAUUCCUUUACAAAUAACAGUUUUUGUAUGCAAGCACCAUUUCAUUUUAUUUCAUGUAGUAUGGCUAAUACUAUAGUUGAAACAAGGAUAUGCAUUGAUACUUUUCUUCGUAUGUAAAUAAAGUUAAAAGCAGUUAAAAUAAGGAGUAUUUUGGUAGAGUAUAUAUACAUACCUCACUGCCAGUGAAAUUGCUUUCCUAUGAUAUAUCUCCUUACCAGAAAAAUCUCUAAAUAAAAAAAGACUUAAGAAAAUUA